GACCCACCGUAUCACAAAACUAACCUCAUUUUCGUUGCCCUGGUGCUGGUGCUUAGGAUAUUUCUAACAUAAUAUAGAAACGCUUAUACUUGAGCAAUAUUACGGCAUAUUUUGAAACUCUGUGAUAAACGGAUUAUAGUAGAAUAAUCUAAAUGUGUCUGCAAAAAUGCUUGGUAUAAUCGUAUCUGGACGACUCGUUCAAACUGACUUUCAACAAGUUGGUGAAAAUCAAUUUUUGAUUACUAUACCUGAUGCUGACAAUAUAAACCAUAUAGUGGUAUUUCUCACUGGCACAAUUCCUUUUUCAGAUGGUAUGGGAGGUGCAGUAUACUUCAGUUGGCCAGAUCCAAAUGCGCCACCCAACUGGCAAUUCCUUGGAUAUGUUUCCAAUUCCAAACCAUCAGCCAUCUUCAAAAUAUCAAAUCUAAAGAAAAAUCAUGAAUUCGAGAAUAGCAACUUGGGAAUUUUUGGAGUUGGAAAGAUCUCACACUUUGCACAAAUUGGCGUGUCAGUUGAACCACUGGUGGUAAUCGAGCAGCAGAUAGCUACUGUCACUGCGACUGUAACAAAUUCCUUCAUGGAAUUUGUACAAAAGAUGCUAACAAAUUUUGUGAAUUAUGUGACUAGUUACACAGUGACACAAGCGCAAAUGACGCCAAAUCCUACUGAAAACUUUGUACCCUUAUCUACAUUACAGAGCUGGUACGAGACUUUUGAAAGACGAUUACAGCAGAAUCCAAAUUUUUGGAAAUCGUGAUGAUAAUCAUAGUGUAAUCACCAUAUGAAGUUUUGUAAAUGUUCUAUACAUAUACGCGCGCGCGCGCGCACACACACACACACACACACACACACACAGAUGGUGAAUCUUAAUGAUUGAAUCUGAUAUUUACUGUAUAAAAGAAAUUGCACGCCUAAUUGAUUUAGGCUUGAUUACAACAAUGUUAUUUUAGCUUUAAGCAAGAUUUAAGUGUCUUUAUUUAUUUAGAAAAAAAAUAUAAAGAUACACGUUUUGCUCAAAAUUAAAAUAAUGGAGUAGUCUGUAAUUUCUUUCGUAAAGUAAAAGCCUGAUUCAAUCAUUAAGAUUCAUUCCAUAUAUAUAUAUAUAUAUAAAAUGUAAAUGAAUGUAUGAAUAUUUCACAGCAAUGUCUAGGGACAUGUCACGGGUGUCCGGUGCCGAUUUGAUUCUCUUUGAAAUAAGUUGUUAAACACUGAAGAUCUAAGAUCCUACAUUUUUUUAUAUCGGCGGAAUUUCAUGUUUAGGGAAUGAAACACCCUUUUGAAAAAAAAACGGUAUUUCUCUUUUGGGGCGAAUAUCGUCGAAAAUAGAAGAGACAGAACAAAAUUUUUUUAACAAAAGUACGAUUUAAAGAGUACUUUAAAGUUAUAAAAAAAGUUUUUGUUUUAUUUAACGAAAUAUCCCACCACCCAAAGUUUUUUUUUUCAAAUUAAAAAUUUUUUAAGUCAAAUUAAAGGUUAUUUUUUCCAAUCAUAUAUGAUAAAAUUUGAAAAAAACUAGGUAAUGGGGAUAUUUCGUUAAACAAAGCAAAAAUUUUUUUUUACAACUUUAAAGUACUCUUUAAGUCAUACAACUUUUGUUAAAAUAAUUUUUUUUGGUCUUCUACUUUCGACGAUAUUAGCCCAAAAAGAGAAAUGCUUUUUUUUCUUUCUUUCAAAAAGGUAUUUCACCUCUUAAACAUAAGAUUCCGCCGAUAUAAAAAAAUACGGGUCUCUUAGAUUUUCGUGUUUAACAACAUAUUUUAAGGAGAAUCAAAUUGGUUCCGGACACCCGUGACAUGUCCCUUGUAAGUACUGUUCGAUAUUUCAAUGCUAUCAAAAUAUACCAAAUUGUCAAUACAAAUUAUUACUUUUAUAUUAUCUAAUAAAUAUUUGAAUUUUUGUGUAACAAUUUUGAUUUUAAAAUAUGCAUUUGAGAUGUUGAACUUCGAUCAUUAUAUUUCAAGCAAUUUUAAUGCAAUAUAGAUAUUUUGCAAUGUUUUGACGCGUCGUUAUAUAACACGUGACAGACUCACAGUGUUGCUUGGAAUAAUUGCUUAAUAAUAUUGUGUACAAAAAAAAUGUAUCAAAUUGCCAAAUGUACUAGAUGUACAAAAAAUUUGUAAAAAUAUCUA